AUGUUCACCGGCGCGGUGGCUAUGGCAGCAGAGUGUGACAUGCUAACCAUGUUAGGCCUUAGAGACCUAGUUCUCAUAGCUCCAACCCCUUCUCAAGUUUCACUUCACCACCAUCAACAACAACAACAACAAACCCAACAGCCCAUUUCAGCUGAACACCAUGCCAACCUCCCUUUACCUUCUUCAGCCUCUCUCAGUGUUGGCCUUGGCUUUUUCCCUCUCUUAACUGCUACACCAUGCAUGCCACACCCUCAUGAUCACACCAAUGAUGUUCAAGUCCAUAACAAUACCACCAACAACUAUUGGAACCUCAACAUGUGUGGCUCCGAAGUGAAUUCUGCAAGAGAAGGAAUGAUGGUGGAAGAAGACGAUGGUAGAAACAAGCACUUGAUGGAGGGCGAAGAGAGUGGUGAGUUCAGGGUGUGUGAAGAUUGUGGCAACAGGGCUAAGAGAGAUUGUAGCUACAGAAGGUGCAGGACUUGUUGCAAAGGACGUGGCUUUGAUUGCAGCACUCACGUGAGGAGCACGUGGGUUCCUGCAUCUUUAAGGCGCAGUAGUGGUGGUAGCAGUGAUGGUGGCGAUGCUAGUGCUUCCAAGAGGCUAAGAGCUUUGGGGUCAUCCCAGAAUGUUGCUGCUACCUCUCACAGUUCCACUUCCAAUGCUACCACAACCAAGAGCUGUAGCUUAGAUACUAGCUCUUGUCAUCAAGAUGCUGGUUUCAAACAGUCUUUGCCACGGCAUGUUCAUGCACCUGCUGUGUUUAGGUGCCAUAGAGUGUCUGCUAUUGGCAGUGGUGAAGAUGAAUUUGCCUAUUUGGCCACGGUUCGUAUUAGUGGCCAUGUGUUCAAGGGGUUUUUGUAUGAUCAUGGUGUUGGUGGGAAGAAUGAAGUACCAAAUGUUUCAGAACUUCAACUGGGAAAUAAUGGCAGUGGAAAGAGCAACAGGGAAUGUUCUGCAAUUGGGGUUCCUAACAGUGCCUUCCCUGCUUCUGCUUGCUGA